AUGACCAUAGCUGCAGCUGAUACCGAUCAACUUUCGAUUAAUUUCGAGAAAACAAGGAAACAGAACUAUGUUAUCCCAUUAUUUGGUGUUGGUAUUCAACACUCUCGCGCUCCAUUGAUCCAUAAUUACCUCUUUGAAAAAUUAGGCUUACCAUGGAAGUAUAUACUCUUUGAUAGUAAGGACAUUGGUUCUUUCAAAAGUACUUUCGCUUACGAAGAAGAACAUGGAGCAUUCUAUGCAGCUGCUGUCACCAUGCCUAAUAAGAUAGUAAUGGUGGAUCACGUAGAUCAUGUAGACGACGGUGGGAAAGCCGUAGGAGCCAUCAACACUAUUUACUCCAGGUUGGAUUCCGAGGGAAAACAAGUAAGAAUCGGCACUAACACUGAUACUAUUGGUAUCAGGGACGCAUUUGUCUAUAAUGCCCCCGAAUUAGUACACAGGGCCAAGGGAAAACCUGGUUUGGUCUACGGUGGUGGCGGUGCAUGCAGAUCGGCUGUUUAUGCGUUAUCUAAAUAUUUACACAGUCUGAAGAUUUAUGUAGUGAAUAGGUUUGAGCUGGAAAUACUUUCCUUGAAGGAGUCUAUGGAAGCUGGUGGCUUCAAAGGAGAGGUAAUCUACGUUGCAACCCCUGAACAAGCCGCUUCGCUAGAGAAACCUGAGCUCAUAGUCUGUACUAUACCGGAUUUUGCUCCAAGUACGGAAGACGAACUUAGGGCAAAGGCUACACUUGAUGUCUUCAUGCACCAAGAUAAAAAGGGUGCAGUAUUGGAAAUGUGUUACCACCCAAAACCUGACACAAAGUUAUGUAAAGAGUUCGAAAGUAGUAAAUGGCAAGUGAUUUCUGGAAUAGAAGCGAUGGUGUACCAGGCAUUUGCACAGCAGGUACUUUGGACUGGAUAUGCUUUGGAAGAGUUACCAUUAGAAUCGGCCAGAAAGUACGUUUAUGAGCAAAUUAGUUAA